AUGCGGUGCAGAUGUGUCUUCCCGACGUUGCUUCAGAAGAUCCUCGGUUCCUCGAACGCGACGCACCUCCUUUGUCAGAGGAGUUCCCUGAGGGUAGCAAGAUUUUCUUCCUGGGGGAACAAUGGGGUAGCUGCUUCGGUCUCCGCCACGACUGAUACCAGCUUGUCUGUGAUACUUGCAUUCUUCCCCGCCGAAAAGGCUGAAAACGACCAGUUCAAAGCCGUCGUACAGAAUCGACGAUCCAGCCACUACUUCCCCUCUUUCAAAGCUGCAGAGAUGGUUGGCAUCUCGGGGCGGGCUUUGGGGAAGAUAACGUCGAGUUUCAUGGUCAUCACGUCUGACGAACAGAAGACCAAUGUCGGCCUGAGCCUUAAAUUCGAAGUGAAGGCCUUGAAGGUCGUCGACUAUUCUCGGAAAGAGGGCCGGCAUUGGGAGUAUAAUGAUAGGGCAAUCGACCUGAUCCGAGAGUACAAGGCAAAGUUUCCUGAGGUCUUCCUCUCGUUAGAUAACAGCGGAGAUGCAAUGGCAAGGGCAUCGGACAUCCUGUCGGGGCCGGAUCCUGAUGGCCGUGUUAGGGUGAUUAAAGCAUGGCUAAAGACGAAGGGUGUUCGAGAUUUUGAACCUGUCUCCCUUUUCUGUGACCAACUAGGCAAGGAGACCAUUGGGGAAAUUGAGCGAAUGGCUGAUGAGUUUACGAAGAACAAGUCGUCAGCUCAGUUCAAGAAGGCCAUUGUCAAAGGAAUCCCUCGACAAGCCGUUCUCAAACCUGCACAUACUGCUUAUCGUCUUCAGAAUCAACACUUUGCUUUGGGUGAUCGUGUUACGAUGGUGCAAGACUCUGGAAGCGUUCCACUAUCAGUCAAAGGUGUCGUCAUUGGGCUCGAUUCAAAGACUAUAGACAUAGUGUGGGAUGUUCCGUUCAUGUCUGGUAUAACGUUGGGGGAUCGGUGCUCGCAGUACCGUGGCUCGACGGUCGAGUUCAACACUUGCUUGAACUUGUCCAACCCACAGUUCGUAACGUCCACCAACCCUAAAGCUCCACCGCCCGUUCGGAAUGAGGUCCCCUUUGAACCGAGACAUGGUCCCCGACCCGAGAUCAACCCCGCCCUUGGCCAGGCUCCAGCAGCUGGAUUCCGCCCAGCGCAACCUCCCAGCCACCGACCGCCCAUGCACAUCAUGGCCAACCCCAACCGCGGCCGAGGGGGAUACGUCAACGGCCGCGGCAGGCCACCCCCUCAGGCUACUAAUGCCAAUGCUCCAGAACCACCCGAACCACCAUCAGCGGCACCGACCUCCCAACUAAUGGCGUGCAUGCCUCGCCUGCUCCUGGACGAGGCUACAUCCCUAGAGGUGGCAGGGGAGGCUUUGUGCCUGGAUUCCGUGGAGGUCGAGGAGGCUUCAUCCCCAACGCUGACCGUGGCCGAGGAGGGCGAGGUGGGUUCCGUGGGCGGGGUCGAGGAUCGUUUACGGCUCCCCUGCCCUCAUAGAUCCGUGUUCUUCUCCAGUGCAAUCCGAUUUUCGUAG